ACUGAACAACAGCGGCACGAGAGCACGCGCAUUCCACAGCAGCCUCUCCAGCAUCGUUUGUUUUUCCUUGUCAAGAAACCCGCAAACAGAAAACAGAGUGGGGAGAUAUCGAGGAAAAGUGGGAAAACGUCAUUUUUCAAUGCACUUUCGCAGAUUCAGCGGUUUGUUUACAUAGUAAAUCGGACAUUUAAUCACUGUCGGACAUGACGCAGUCCUACAGUCAGCGUUCCCUCGUGGUCCUCGCGUUUUUAGGGAUUUUGUCCGCAAUAAUGUCCGUCUUGUCCGUCAUUUUGAUCUUCCAGCUCCAAACGCAACAGGCUGUUAUAAAGGAUUCGUCUCCUUUAGGGUCGAGUGAGAUAACAGCUGUGUUAAAGCCCGUUUCCACGGUCCUCUCAGCCUUGUCUCUGACACUCAACUUGAGCUCUGUUAUUGUGUGUUUGCUUCACAGCUAUUUCGCUACUGAAAUAUGCCGAGGAGAACCAGAUACACAAAGGGCCGACUGGUUUCUACUGGAUAGCAGGGUUGUCCGGCAUGUGACCAUUGGACUGUUUUGCCUUGGAGUUUCAGUUUACUUAGCUGCUAUGUCUAUUUACAUGUUACUGGUGUUUGAAGUUGAGACGGGCAUAGCCAGCGUGUGCGUGCUUUCCUCCGGUGUUCUCGUCCUGCUACUUAUCGUUAUUCACUCCUUAAUACGUGCCGCACAUACAGCCAAACACUUCCGCAAUGAACAUGUCCACACCAUGUACCACAGCAACCCUGAAAACAUCGCUGGAAUCCAUACGUUGAACCUAAGCACUGCGGAAAAGCCACGGAGGCAGCACAGCUUAGCCAACCAGCACAGCCAUUUCAUCAACCACGCUCACAUCGAUCCUAAACCGCAAUACUCAGCAUCUAACGGCCCUCGCAGUGAUAAGGACGGCUACAGUAGCGGUGGGAGCAGAUGGACGCACCGGACACUUUCGACAGAGUCCGGCCUGUUUCAAGCACAGACCAAACCCUGGAACGGAGUCAACAGUGAGAUGAGAUCUGUACUUGCUAGAAAAGCCACGAUCAAGGACUCAACUUUAGUAUGAAUGGUAUCACACAUCUAGUUUGAUGUUAAGAUGGGCAUUAUAUAAUACAAUAUGUACUGUCAUAUAUAUACACACACAUACAGUGUAUACACCUAGACACUGGUGGAAUAAUUCAGAUUUUUAGUUUUUUUUUGAAAGAAGUCUAUUAUGUUC